UCACAUGUAUUUUUGAUACUAUUUUCACGUCAUACGGACGCAUUGACAAACAGCGCCGCUGGUGGUGAAAAAAAAAGACUUAAUUUGUGCAAUUUAGUGGACAGGUUUUGUCAAUUUUCCCUAUUAAGUUCGGGCUCCUUGUGUAGGCUCCAUGCUAAUUUGUACCGAAACGCUACCAAAAGAGCAGACGUCAGGACGCAUCAACAAUCAGCGUCGCUGGUGGUGAGAAAAAAAGACUUAAUUUGUGCAAUUUUCCCUAUUAGUUCGGGCUCCUUGUGUAGGCUCCAUGAAUCAAACCUUCACUCGGCAACUUAAAUAUCUAGUGAUAUUUCUAGGGAUAUUUUAGGGAAUUUUCUGUCAAAAAUUCGAAUGCAAAUACUUCUAAUUUAUUUGGCUAUUGGAUUCAUAAUAAUAUUUAUAUUUGUGUAACAAGCUCAAUUAAUCAUUAACAAAAUACAAACUUGGACUGUUAAUUAGCGUUUGACGCUGCAAACUAGUUUCUUAUUUUUCGGUCUGAAAAUCCUGUCAGCUUGCCAAAGAAUUCCCGAGUUAACACAACUAUGCUCUGAUUAUUAUAUAUGAGUAGUAGUUACCAUACACGAUGGAGCAAAUAGUAGUUAAAAAAGAACCUGAAGAACUUGUUGACAAUAUCAAAGGUGAUAUUUCAAUGAAUUAUGAUAAACCAAGUACCUCCGCCGACCCUUCAACCUCUGGGAUAGCAAUAAAACAAGAAAUCAAAGAAGAAUUAGAUGAUAGCAACAACUACAUGAUCUAUGAUGAAUUGGGGGUGAAAGAAGAUUCAGAAACGUACACAGAUGAGGAUUAUGAUUUUGAUGGAGCCAAGCAAGUCAAAGAAGAAAUGUUUCUUGACCAAGGGACCGACAGUGAAGUUGUGAAUGAAGAAAUACCGUCAAAAAUAGUCCUUCCAAAAACAGAAAAAGAAAGUCUUGAGGAACAGUGUUUAAAACCAGGAGGUGAAGUCGAAAAAGAAAAAUUAUUUAAAUGCGCCAUUUGUUUUAAGGCAUAUCAAUCACAGCCGGGUUUGUGUCUUCAUAAAAAGUAUGUUCACAAAAAGGAGGAACAGGAAGAAUUUAAAUGCAAAAAAUGUGAUUAUGUAACUUUAAGAAAAGGUAAUUUUAAAGUUCAUUUAAGAAAUCACGACAAAAAAAACUAUUUAAAAUGCAAUUUUUGUAACUAUAUGGCUGCACGAUUGGCAACUUUAAAUGCGCACCUUAUAAGUAAACAUAGGUUAGAAAAUGAAGGAGAGAAUAAAAUAGAAAUAACAAGCAAAAUACACCAGUGUACGAAGUGUUUGUAUUCAACCGUCAUUAAAUCUCAUUAUGAUUCGCAUGUAAAAGUUUGUCUGAACUUAAAAAACGUUAAGUGGUUCAAAUGUGAAAUUUGCAAUUUUAAAAGUAUUCACGAAUUUCAUUUAAAUCGGCACAAAAAAACUCAUAAUAAAAUAAAACAAUUCACAUGUUUAUUUUGUCAAUAUCAAAGUAAUGAAAAAAGACAUUUAGACAACCAUAUUCUAACCAAACAUUCCGAUGCGUUAAACGAAUCCAAUGAAAACGUAAUUACCUCCAAAGUGCACUGUUGCCAACAAUGUAAUUACAAAACUAUAUUUGCAGAUCAUUUAAAAAAACAUUUAAGUUUUAAACAUUAACUUUGAGUUUGUUUAGGUACUAUACAUGUUAAUAAAUUAUUACUAUUUUU